GUAAUAAUUCUGGAGGACUACGCCGACCCGUUUGACGUUGCGGAUCAGGUCGGCGCCGCCCCGAGCGUCCCGGAGAAACCGGUGGAGAACGACGGCUACAUGGAACCGUAUGAAGCUCAGAAGAUGAUGGCUGAGAUUCGAGGAGGCCGCUGUCCGAAGGACGGUCCGAUCAGGCAGCUGCCGCUGUACGACACUCCGUACGAACCGGCGGAGAACGGCGGGGACUCGGACCCCGAGAGAGGCCGGUGCGGGCGCGAGAGCAGACUGCCCCAGGACGACGAGAGGCCGCCGGAGGAGUACGAUCAGCCCUGGGAGUGGAAGAAGGAUCGCAUCUCCAAAGCUUUCGCAGUAGAGAUUAAAGUGAUAAAGGAUCUCCCCUGGCCGCCUCCUGUGGGGCAGCUCAGCACUACGUCCCCAUUGGCUGAAGCGGAGGAGUCUCCGCCCCCUCCAGCGUCUCAGCCCUCCCCCGGACACUCCGGCUCCGCCUGCGGUGACCAGCAGCACCAGGUUCAGUUCGAGGGCGGGGAUAAGUGCAGGAUGUCGCCCACUAAAGAGGUUAAGUCCCGCCCCCCUCAGCGUCACUCCAGCGGUUGCCUGGUGAACACUAAGCUGAGCUCGGUGGAUCACUGCGGGACUCUGGGGGAGAGGAUCGACCCCGCCCUGCCCCUCGAGAGCCAGAUUUGGUAUCACGGGGCGAUCAGCCGGACGGAUGCGGAGUCGUUGUUGAGGUUGUGUAAGGAGGCGAGUUACCUGGUGAGAAACAGCGAGACGAGCAAGAACGAUUUCUCCCUCUCUCUAAAGAGCAGUCAGGGCUUCAUGCAUAUGAAACUCUCCCGAACCAAAGACAGUAAAUAUAUCCUGGGUCAGAACAGCUGUUUGUUCGACAGCGUGCCGGAGAUCAUCCACUUCUAUUCCAGCCGCAAGCUGCCCAUCAAAGGGGCGGAGCAUAUGUCCCUGCUGUACCCCGUCGCCAUACGGACACUAUAGCCCACUGGUAACCAAUCACAUCACUGACCAGAAGAUAAUCCAGAGCAUCUUCACGCCAUCGUUCACUGGAUACACAUUCUUAUUGAUCUACCACUGAUGGAUCUGAUCUUUAAUAGCGAUGAGAUUGAGAUUGAGGUAAUUGAUGCUUCGAUUGACUGGCGUUGAACCAUCAGUCGAUCGAUUAAUCGAUUAAUCGCGUGACGUUUGAACACAAAGCUGAGGACGUCUGGACAACGUCUCUACAGAACCAGCCAAUCAGCUCCAGCCUUUAACUCACAGUCCUCUUGAGUCAGUGGAAGAUUGAUAGACUCAACACUGACCUCAGAUCAGCCUCGUAUCUCCUGGGAUUCCCGUCUGAUCUCAGAUCUGAUUCUGAUCCCCCUGGAUUCUUCACAUGGCCUGAACUCCUGGACCUUCAGCCCUGACCUGAGACCUGCACCCACACUUUAGACUCUACUGAUUCUCACACUGUAAUUAAACAUCAUUCACAACGGAAUUACCGUAUUUUUCGCAAUAUAAGGCACACCGGAUACCAGUAUGAAGCGCAUUGUGCGAUACUAGUAAGGAACAGGGGUGUUCCUUACAUCUAAACUGUUUCCCCUCUAAUUUAGCUAAGUAAACCUAAGAUAAGCUAAGUAAACAAAACUGUAAUUCUUUAAAAAUAUAUAUAUAUAUAUAUUUAUAAAUUGUAAAGUUAAUCGAGUGCUGGAUGUUAAUUAAUUUACACAGAUUUCUCUCCUGAAAAAACUUUGUUUAUUUGGGGGAGUAAAGCGCUUCCAUUUAUUUACAGUAAGCUUAGAUUUCCAGAUUUACACUAACAGCACUUGAGCAUUAGCAUUAGCAGCUAACUGCUAGUGCUAGUGCUAAUGCUAAUGCCGCCUGA